CGUCGCCGCCGCCCCGGCCUAGGCACGAGCCCAGAGCGCUGAAUCCGCACCCCUGGACCUGUAGCGGCCGUGGCACGCAAUGGGUCUUCGCCUCUGUCCCUACUCUGCGGCGCUGCUCCUGGGUGGCCUCCUGUUCCUCCUGCUGCUCGUAGACCCGGCGCUCCCUGUCGGACGUCCCCCUCCGGUGGUGCUGGUGCCCGGUGACUUGGGGAACCAGCUGGAGGCAAAGCUGGACAAGCCAACGGUUGUACACUACCUCUGCUCCAAGAGAACGGACAGCUACUUCACCCUCUGGCUGAACCUCGAGCUGCUGCUGCCUGUCAUCAUUGACUGCUGGAUCGACAACAUCAGGCUGGUUUACAACAGAACAUCCCGGGCCACCCAGUUCCCAGAUGGUGUGGAUGUGCGUGUCCCUGGCUUUGGGAAGACUUUCUCACUGGAGUUCCUAGACCCCAGCAGAAGCAGCAUGGGUUCCUAUUUCCAUACCAUGGUAGACAGCCUUGUGGGCUGGGGCUACACACGGGAUGAGGAUGUCCGGGGGGCCCCCUAUGACUGGCGCCGAGCCCCAAAUGAAAACGGGCCCUACUUCCUGGCCCUCCGGGAGAUGAUCGAGGAGAUGCAUCAGCUGUAUGGGGGCCCUGUGGUGCUGGUUGCCCACAGCAUGGGCAACAUGUACACACUCUACUUUCUGCAGCGGCAGCCACAGGCCUGGAAGAACAAGUAUAUCCGUGCCUUUGUGGCACUGGGUGCGCCCUGGGGGGGCGUGGCCAAGACUUUGCGUGUCCUGGCCUCAGGAGACAACAAUCGGAUCCCAGUCAUCGGGCCCCUAAAGAUCCGGGAGCAGCAGCGGUCUGCUGUGUCCACCAGCUGGCUGCUGCCCUACAACUACACCUGGUCUCCCGAGAAGGUCUUCGUGCACACGCCCACAACCAACUACACGCUGCGGGACUACCGCCAGUUCUUCCAGGACAUUGGCUUCAAAGACGGAUGGCUCAUGCGGCAGGACACGGAGGGGCUGGUCAAAGUCACGGUGCCGCCCGGCGUGCCACUGCACUGCCUCUAUGGCGCUGGUGUUCCCACGCCAGACUCCUUCUACUAUGAGAGCUUCCCAGACCGAGAUCCCAAAAUCUGCUUUGGUGACGGCGACGGCACCGUGAACUUGCAGAGCGCCCUGCAGUGCCAGGCCUGGCGCAGCCGCCAGGAGCACCCAGUGUCACUGCAGGAGCUGCCGGGCAGUGAGCACAUCGAGAUGCUGGCCAACACCACCACCCUGGCCUAUCUGAAACGUGUGCUCCUUGGGCCCUGAUUCCUGUGCCGGGCAGGGCUGUGGGAUGGCGUGGCCGUACCUGCUUCUCUUGGCUACCGUGGCCCGUGAGUUUAGCAGUUUGACUGUCUAAGGCCUUCAGUCUUGGGCUGUGAAAUAUCUGCCAUUGGGAAGUGCUGUUUCUUAUCCUUUCUCUGUGGGUAUGAAGAAAGAAGAAAUAGUCUGGACUCACUUGAUGGAUCCUUGCUGAAAAGAAUGCUGCUGACAGAAUUGCUGUGACCUCAGGACUGGCUCUGCAGGUGGACUGGCUGGCGCCUGGCCUCAAUCCUGGACUGAGGGGCCAUUUGUUCCUCCUACCCCUGUGGCCUUUUCAUACUUAGCCACCGGGCCCUGGCCCCUCAGCCUUCCUUGAGGGGUAUUACUGAGGUGUGGUUCCUGUCCCAAAAGGUCCCAGGGAUGGGCUCCUGGUCCCUAGGGUGAUCCUUCCCACAUACUGGCCACAGGUAGGCUUGCUAGUGGCUGUGGGUGGCUGGAGCUGCUGGCUUCCCUGUGACCUAGAGGCAGUCUGGUUCCUCCUGCAGGCAGGGGCAAGUUGUGUUCUUCAUGGUUCCCAGGUCCUGGGGCAUUCACUCCUACCUCCCUCACCUCCAAGAACAGCCUAGCUCAGGAUUGGGCAGCAUAUGGCCCUCUAGUUCUUGGGGGCUAUGUUCCAGGAGGCUUGACUCCCGUGGCUGGGCUGUUACCCACAGUAUUGAUGCUGGCUUGCUUCCCUCUGGGAAUGUGGUUCAAAGAUGAGAGCAGGGCCCGGUGCCAUGGCCAUUUAGGUACUCAUGAAGAAAGAGAACUCAAGGAAGCAGCUAAGGCCGCUCCGGGCCACCUUGAGCUGCCCUCUUGCUAACUCCACCACCACAUUGCCACCCUGCCCUAGGGUUUUUCUAGCACCCAUGUGGGCUGGCACAGAGCUGAGAGGAGGUAGGACUCUUGCCCAUUUUGCCCAGCACCUACCCCCACCAGGCAGCUCAGUGGCGUUUGGUCUGCAGAGACCAACCCAGAUGCUUGAGUGGGCCCCUGAGAGAGCCAGGUGCCUUGGGGCUCCCCUGGUAGUUUUCUUUCUGUUCCAGAGGUGCUGCAUGGGCAGGGAUGGAGAAUCUGGAUCUACCUUGGUGGCAGUGAUCUCCAAGUGGUCAAUGGCUACAAGCCAAGACUUGAGUCUAACCUCUAGGCCCCAGAGCUACAGUCAGGCUGGACUGUGCUGAUCUCCCACAAGAUUUCUGUGGAGCUGGAUUUUUUUGUAUUGUGAACAUAACCCAGCAUCUCUCUCUCUUUUUAGUCCUGAGUGGUGUGCUCCAUAUGGGGCUCUGAGCAGGCUGUACUUUGAUUCUGGCAAUAAAAAUAUUCUGGAUGCUGUAAA